AAAACGGUUUAGACAACCUACAAUAUCACAGUACAAAGUGAUAGGAUCAUCUUCUUUUGUGUUGCUAAAGAUUCCCUACUACACCAGAAAAGUUACAUUGCCCACUGCAUCAAGUUGUUGUUUAUGUUCUAACUUUAUAUACCCUACUUCUUUAUUACGCCCUAUGAAAUAGGGCGUUAAUAUUCAUAUCACGGUUAUUAUACGUUAAUAUAAUAUCACGGUUAUUAUACGUUGCCUGAUAAAUUCAACCAAUCCGUGACCAAGCAAUUGUUUUUUCCUGAGUUAAGUCUAAUUGCAGCACUGUCUGAAUCUCUCAUCAUCUUUAUUUUAGUGCAUCAUAAGAGAUUCAGAGGACUGGUCACGAGGUUGCAUGUACUCAAAGGUCUGACUUCAUCCUUUCAAUUAGAUUGAGACUAAUAAAAUUAGCAAGGCAAGCAUGGAUAUGGAUAGUGACCGGAUUGUUUGGAAUGAUGUUGAAUAUAAACUAAAAUUUGUUCUAGAUAACCCAAACUUUGAAUUACCACAAGUAGUUCGUGUUGUGCAGGGUCACAUGGUUGAUGAGGAUGACUCGAUUGCCAGUGGACAAGUGCUAACCAUACAUGGCAGUAACAGAGUUGAAAAUAUUAUCAGUCACGAUGUCUAUGGGAAAGAACUAAAAAUUCCCCUAAACUGUCCUUAUAAAGUUAAAAUAAUUUCUAUUGGAAAUCCUCGACGUUUUAAAUCAGUGAACGAGUUAUGUUUCUGCGAAAACCCGCCAAAAUAUGUGUUGGCCGAGGACAAACUCACAACAGGAAAUAACACUACACUCAAAGAGAACUCAGUUUUAGAGUUACUUGACCACAUGAUAGAUGAUGAUGGCAGCAUUAUUGGAAUUAACUGUUGCUUAGAUACGAAUACCAUCAUUACUCUUCCUUUAAACUUGAGUGUAAGUUUUCUCGAGACUAUAUCUUCCGAAAUAUCUGGCCAAAGAUUGUUGUUGUCAGAUAUAGCAGACUUGUACACUCUUCCUAUUCAAGUGGAAUUCUUACCGGUCGCUGAAAAAAUCUGUGGCUACGGACCAAGACUUGGUGUUAUUUCCCUGCAAAAGAAAUCUUGUACGAACUCUAUAUUAUCUACCGCUGUAAUUGACGGUGUACGACAUGCGAUAACUUUCUCGGCUGAUUUACCUAUCACAAUACAAAUGGCGGUCGGUAUGAUGGGUAACGAAUCAGAUAAUCAUAUUGCAAAUUGGACAGAGCGCAUUGAUAUAAAAAAAUUCGAACACUUUUCGACACCAGAUCCUUACUCACCAAUGGCUAUACAAGACAAAAUUUACGACGAUCUUAAAACGCCGAUGCUGCCACGUCGCCAUGGUAACAGACAUGGUUCCUAUCGGCAUACUUCUAGUUUUUCAGAAGCACCAUCCAGGAAAGAAAAAUCGAUUCCCAAUGUUCCUAAGAAAAGAACACUUUCUAUAGACCUCGGGAAGGAUAUGAAAGAUUUGGAAAAGUUCGUGAAGUCUAAAUUUGGGUUUAAAAGUUUUAGAAGACGAUCAAGUGAAAAAUAUGGAAAGGAUAAAAAAGAGAAGAAAAGAAUAAACGCCGCCGAAACCGAUUUUGACGUGCGUUCAAUUCGAAAAAAUGGAACGAGUGAAGAUGGAGAUUCGAGUACAGGCUACUCGGUUGAUAUACGUUCGAAUGAAAGUGAAAGCAUUUAUAAUGAUUCAUAUCUACGUGUGGUGGAAAGCAUGGAUACGAUGUCGUUCGACAGCCGUUCUGUUCAUUCCGUACGAAGUAAAAACACGAGAGGUAGUGGAGAUUCAGGUAUUUGUCUGUCUGGUCAAAGUACAAGCCGUCAGCGGUUCCGAUCUCGCUCCCGAUUAACACCGGAUGCGUCGUCCAGUCACCCGAGCGACGACACCUUUUCUGAAUGGAGUCUUCCUGUCAAGAUGGAGAGCUCGCCGUUUUCUGAACGAAAAAGCACGAUAUCGCAAUUGUCUUCUUCCAGUUAUCUAUGGUCUGCGAAUGACAACAACGACCGCAAUAAUAACACAAACGCUGAGAUUAAAUCGAACCAAGAAGAAGCUUACAAAAAUGAAUAUAGAACUGACUUUCUGGAAAAUAUGUACAGUAGUACGAGUAGUAAUUCAUCAUCACCGGAGGAGGACCGAAUAUCACCGUUAACCACAGCCCAGAUAAAAAGUAGGGAAGAAAUAAGAAAAUUGAACGAAGAUGGUGUUAUAGAAAUACUUGAAAUUCUAAAACUCAAAGAAUUUAAAGAAACAUUUCAAGAAAAUCAAAUAAACGGAGAACUUUUACUUGUUUUGGAACAAAGCGAUCUAGUUGAAUUAAAUAUGUCGUUGUUCCAGGCUAAAAAAAUUAUGAAGUACAUAAAAGGUUGGAGACCAGAAUCAACAGAGAGACAGGCUAGUGAGACAUCGAGACGAAACAGCUUGAAUCCACGCGAUUGGUCUGAAAACGAUGUUCUGGUUCAUAUGACAACUAUUAAUUUAGCAGACUUGGGACGUUUUUGUAGCGCGAACCAAGUUAACGGAGAUCUAUUGUUGGAUAUAUUGGACAAAGAAACACUGGACUCCUUGAGACGUGACCACAAUGUCAAGAUGUCGAAUUUGGAGGGUAAAAAGCUUUUAAACUUCGUAGUGAAGGGUUGGCGACCAGACAAUUCCCCUAAAAAAUCUGCUUUAGCGUGACUUUAUAAAUAUGUACAAUUUUAAACGUAAAUAUUUUAUUUUUAUUCAUAAAAAAUACUUUCAAUGAGUUUUU